AUGAGUGACAAAGAAAGUGUUGUGCGAAAAGACGCUAUGGACAGGGACGCUCCUGAAAGGGCUAACAAUAGCGAAACGGGUAGUAGAUCUGAAAGUGAAAGUGUCGACCUUACCGUCGUUGAGCAAGCUUCAUCGCAAGCUAACGGGAGUCGUGGACCAGGAGCGGAGCUCGGGGAGACGAGCACCCCAAUCAGAUCCGUUCCAGAAAAUCGGAAAAGUUAUCGUGAGAAUAAGGGCCUACCUCCACAGAGGUACGGCUAUGUCAGCAGUGAGCAAAAGGGUCGAGGGGGCUGGCGUGGGGGAACUUCUAGACGGACGAGAGGGGGAAUGGCCGCCGCUCCAUCACAAACAGAACAGGCACGCCCGAAAUCAGCUGAUCUUACAGCCGGCAAACUGACAGCCGGGCAAGUACAAUUCCAUCAUGAAAGACGAGCUGAAUCCGAGCGCUUGAGUGAACAUUCCCACCGGUCAGUAUCCGAACCAGGGUCAAAAAGUAUUACUUCAGAAAUCUCCGUUUCAAGCUCAAUCGCUCACAAACGUCGUGAACUCCGUCAAGCCGAAGAAUUAGAUCGUCUUGAAGAAGCGGAACGAAAGCGGCUUGAACGAAAGAAAACAAUCCUUAAAAUGCAUUCAGAACUUGCAGAACUCGAAGAAGCUGAUAUGGAAGAAAAUAAAGAUCAGUGUUCGAGAAAAGCUGAAGACUCAAAAAAUUUGGUGAAAUCAAAAGUUCUAGCAGGGAAGGAGUCAGAAGGGAACAACAAUGAAGAUGAACAGCUGAUGAGAAGACAGGAUCAAGAACGACGAUCACACUCUUUUCCCAGACAAACCCGGACGACAACAAAAGUGACAGGCUUUGAAAAAUACCUUGCCCGACAGGCAAUGACGAAAGACUUACCCAGCUUCAGUGGAGAGUGCCUGAAAGGAGCAGCUUUGGAAGCAGUGAGAGCACUGCUGAUGACAGACCGGGAAGACGAGGUGACAGAAACUCUGGAGCGACGCUUUGGUCGACCGGAGUAUGUUAUUAAAGAUUUAAUGCCCACAGUCCAAGCGCUAGGAAAGCCUCAGUAUUUGAACAAUCUCAUGUUUGUAGACCUAUUGGUUGCAAAGUUGCCUCUCGCUCAGAAGUUGCAAUGGGCUGCUGUUUGCGAACAGGAAACAGACGUUUCAAAUAUCGCAGUGUUCGCACAGUGGAUACGAAGACAGGCUAAUUUAGUGAGUAAUGUGUACGACCCUAGUGUAGAUAAAUUAGAGUCAAAAAUGAAAAAAGGCGCGGUGAUUGGUGCGGUUUUGGACAAGAACAAUGAAUCAGUGAAGUGUGUUUACUGUGAAAAGGACCAUCAUGUGUCAAAGUGUGAAGCUAUAAAGGACGUGAGUGUAGAUGAACGUUGGAAUUGGGCAACAAAAAAGCGGUUGUGUUUUUCCUGCCUGAAACCCUUGCAUUCUAUCAGAGACUGCAGAAGACGACGAUGCAACAAAGACGGCUGUCCGAAACGACAUCAUCCAUUGUUGCACACGGACGGGCGAAGAUCGACAGAAACAGCCUCACGGAAGACCGAUGAAGAAGUGUUCCCGGAGAAGGUUCAUAUAAACGUUGUACAGCGUCGGAAACGUCACGUUUUUAUGAGAGUUUUGCCCGUAGUUCUGAAGGGUCCAGCUGGAGAAAUCGACACAUAUGCUUAUCUGGAUUGUGGUUCAUCAGUCACGGUAAUUGACGCAGAGUUAGCUCGAAACCUGGGUUUGAGAGGUAAGCUCGCACCUUUAGAGGCUGAGUGGACGAACGGAGUUACCCUAAGUGAACCAACGUCACGACAGGUAAAUCUGACAAUUCGAGGUCCUUCAGACAGAGAGUUCACACUGACUGACGUACAGACACAGAAUACACUGAAUUUACCGCGAUCCACAGUAAAAAUCGACACUGAUGUCUGGCAGCAUCUCCGAGGAUUACCUUUGUCAGAUAUACUGCAUGCGCAACCUAGAAUCUUGAUCGGAGAAGAUCACGGUGAAUUGCUAGUUGCUCGCAAAUCAGUUUUCGGCCCUGGAAAUUCUCCCAUGGCCUCUCUCACUGCUUUAGGCUGGGUUGUGCACGGGAAGUGCAAAAUAGACAGAGCCGAACCGGAGUACGUAAUGUUUUAUCAUCGGACAGAAAACGAUGACAUCAGCCAGAGAAUGACGGAUUUCUGGAACACCGAGACAUUCGGUGUAAAUCCAACUGCUACCAGAUUACGCUCCAAGGAAGAUCAGCGUGCAGAGGAAUUAAUUAAUAGAACAGCACGUCGAGAUAGAAAUAAGUGGGAAGCAGGUUUGUUAUGCAAGACCGAUAACGAGACGCUGCCACCUAGUAGGAAGAUGGCAGAGAAAAGAUUCGUUGCACUAGAGAGAAAGAUGGAUCGUGAUCCAGCUUUUCGCCACGAGUAUGAGAAGAAAAUUCAGGACUACCAGGAAAAGGGCUACGCACUACGAUUGACAAAGGAGGAAGCUGCACAAUCACCUGCAAGAACAUGGUAUUUACCACACUUUGCAGUAUUUAAUGCAAACAAACCGGGGAAAAUAUGCCUGGUAUUCGAUGCAGCUGCGAAGUCUCAUGGUGUGAGCUUAAACGAUAGGCUCCUGAAAGGCCCAGAUCUUCUUGGUUCUCUAGUGGGAGUACUCUUUCGGUUCAGAGAGCGGGCGAUCGCCAUUGGAGGCGAUCUGAAGGAGAUGUUUCAUCAGGUUCGUAUUCGGAAAGAAGAUCGAUGCAGCCAAAGAAUCCUGGGUCGAGAUAAGGACACGAAUGAGAUAUUCGUAUUCGAAAUGCAAGUCAUGAUUUUUGGGGCAGUGUCGUCACCUUACGUAGCCUAA